GAUUUAUAUUUUGAGUAAUUCUAGCUCCUAAGUUCACCUAGACUCUGUCCUUAAUCCUAACAAGUGGUAUCAGAGCCAUAUUAAGGACAUUGAGAGGAGUCUACAGAAGUGUGAAGACCCUUCUAGACCCACCAUGGCCUGUGGGUGUGCCUAAGUGGUGUUCUAAAGGUUGGAUGUGUCUUCCGCUAAGGGGAAACUCUGCCGAAAUUUCGUGGACGGCGAUACUUGUGAAAAUAUCGAGGGAGCUGAGUGUGGACAGCAAAGGGGAGCUGAAAUUCGUCAUUUCUCAAGGAGAAGAUGAAUGAGAGAGGAGGAGAUGCUAAUGGAAGAGGAGCUGUACCUGAGAAGGCAAGUGAGCCGCCGCCAUCAAAAGUUGAAGCUUUGGAUGGCUCCAACUAUGAGGAAUGGAGCGGACGGAUGAGGAGUGCCUUCAAACGCUACAAGCUACUGAAGAUUGCUGUUGGGGAAGAGAAGAUGCCGGAAGAAGGCGAAGCACGUGAACGGUGGAUUGAGAAAAGCGCGGUGCUUUUCGACCUCAUCCUUCAAUCGGUCAACAAGGAGAUGUUCGAACACAUCAAGGAUCUUGUGGAAGCAGAUGAUUCGGGUCCAAGGGCGUGGAAACUACUACGCGAUGUGAUUCAGCCCAACACUCUCCCGAUGGUGAUCGUGCUCGAGAAGGAACUUGCUGCCAUCUCCAUGCGACCAGGGGACGAUGUGAAGCCGGUCCUUGACAAGAUCAAGGACACCUAUGCAAGGAUGGCAGCAGCGGGCAGCAGUGUAUCUCAGCUGCAGCAGUGCACCAAGAUCAUCUCGGUGUUGGACAACUCUUGGGACAACCUCAUCCCCACCCUCAACUCUCAGCAAGAUCAAUGGACACCUGAGUGGCUAAGGCACCAGAUUCUGCAGGAGGACUUCCGCAGACGCCAUGUGGGAGGCGGUGCUGCCACUAAGACUGCUGAGGGGUAUGGAGCUGCAGGGCGCGGCAGAGGAAGAGGGGGUUGGAGAGGCCGAGGCCGUGGGAGAAGCUUUGGCAGAGGUAGAGGCCGAGGUGACUAUAAUGAGGGGCAUGGGAGCUCCAGUGGCAGGGGGAGUACCAGAAUGGAGGGCACCUGCUGGUACUGCAAGAAGGUCGGGCAUCCUUGGUUCAAGUGCUUCAGCAGGCCGGAGGGAUGGGCACCUCCAGGCAUGAAGCCGCCAAGUGGUGAACGCGCACAAGGUGGCGCUGUGCAAGGCUCAGGUGCACAAGGUGAAGGUGCACAAGGUAACGCCUAUCCUGGGAUGUAUCUCAUGGUUGAGGAUGUGCAUGGGCAUGAGGGUGAUGUGGGAUCUGUGGGAAAGGUUGUGAUGCACCCUCUCACACACUGGGUGAUUGAUUCGGGUUGCACCAGUCACAUGACUCCACGGGCAGAUUUGCUUGAUGAGGUAAAACCCCCUGGGAAGAUCAAGUAUGUGGCAGCAGCGUCAGGUGCUUUGCUCCCUGUGAUUGGCGUUGGGAAUGCCAAGGUUAAGGGAGCUAAUGGGGAGCUUGUGGGGCUUGGGAAUGUUCUGCUGGUUAAAGGCUUGUCUGCUAACCUUCUCUCUGUGCGGCGACUGCAGAAGAGUAAGGCCGAAGUGACCUUUGGACCAACCAGCUGCCGUGCUAAGCUUGGGAAGAAGGUGCUGUGGAGUCUGGAAGAGGAGACCAGCUGCAUCAAGGACCUGUGGCAGCUGCCCAUCAUCCCUUGGAAUGGGAAGACUCCAACAGCAGCAACGGCAGCAGCGGCAAAGGCAACAGCAGGAGGAGAUGCAACUGCACCAACUGAUGGGGUCCUGGAAGCAGUCAAGAAAGUGCAGAAGCAGCAGACACAUGGUGAGGUGCUUGCUGGUGUGGAUGCGAGUGCGGCAUGGGCUAAGGCUUCAUCAAGGAGUGGAGAGGCCGAUUGGGAGACAUGGCAUGAGAGGUUGUGUCAUGUGAACUUCCCUAUGCUGCAGAAGUUGGUGAAGAAUGGGAGCCUGAAGGGCUUGGAGGUGAAAGGGGAAGUGAAGGAGAUUGGGAGCUGCCCUACAUGCUUGGAGACCAAGUUCUCCAAGUUCCCCUUCAACAGUGCUACAGGACCAGCCAAGACCCCACUUGCACUUGUGCACAUGGAUGUGGUGGGGCCCACAAGAGCCCCUUCCCUCUCAGGCAGCGGCUAUUUCUUGACAAUUGUGGAUGACCACACUCGAGCAGUGUGGGUUUACCCUUUGAACAGCAAGGGGGAGGUGGCAGCGGCUGUCCUUAAGGAGUGGAUGCCGAGAGCUCAGAGGGAAUGCGGACACAAGGUGAAGGUGAUCCGUAGUGACAAUGGUGGGGAGUUCAUUGGAGCUGAUUUUGAGGGGGAGUUGAAGAGGAAGGGGAUCCAACAUCAACUGACAGUGCCCUACAACCCGCAGCAGAAUGGCGUGGCUGAGAGGUUCAACAGGACCCUGCAGGAGGGGGCACGCACUCUCCUUGGGCGUGCAGGGCUGCCUGAUCCGUUUUGGGUGUCUGCACUGAGGCAGGUCGCCCUUGUGAAGAACAGGGUGCUGGCUACAGUUGGAGAUAAGGAGUGGAUCCCAUAUGUCAAGUGGUAUGGGAGUGCUCCAGCUGUGAAUAUGCUGAGGGCAUUUGGGUGCAUGGUAGUGUUUCAUGUGCCUAAGGAGAAAAGAGGGAAGUUGGAGGCUUCUGGAAGAUGGGGUGUGCACUUGGGGAUUGCAAAGGAUCACAAGGGAUGGCUGCUAUGGGACUUGACCACCCAGAAGCUGACAGUGUCAAGGGAUGUGAAGUUUCUUGAGUCCCUGUACUACAAGGAAUGGAAGCAGCAGCAACAGAAGCUUCCAUCUACACCACUCAUUGUGGAGGCAGAUGAGUUGCAGCAGCCUUCAAGGCAGGUGGAGGUUGCAGUGUCUGAGGAGGAGAUGUCUGGGGUGACUGAAGAAGGGGGAGCAGCUGAAGUGGAGCAGCAGCAGCAACAUGAGUCUCCACCUCGAGUUCCACACCCGCCUGAGCGUCCUAGGAGGGAUGUGCGCCCUCCAGUGAGGCUGACCUAUGGGGGAAGAGGCAAGCCAAAUGUGGUGCAGGCUGGGAGUGUGGUUGAGCAGAUUGAGGAAGAUGAGAUCGCUCACUGCUACUGGGCACCAAUCCCUGAGCCCAAGACUCGAGAGGAGGCCUUGAAUGGACCAAAUGGGGAGAAGUGGAAGGCGAGUGAGGAUGAGGAGUUCGGGUCCCUAAUUGAGAACGAGACAUGGGACCUGUGUGACUUGCCUCCUGGAAAGAAGGCAAUCACUUCCAAGAUGAUCUACAGGCACAAGUAUGGACCUGAAGGGGAGCUGACCCGCUACAAGUCUAGGCUUGUGGCACGGGGGUUUCAGCAGACAAAGGGGAAGGACUAUGAUGAGGUGUUUGCUCCUGUGGGGAAAGGAACAACAUUGAGGGUGCUAUUGGCGAUGGCUGCACUCCUGGGAUGGAAGAUACGGCAGAUGGACAUUGUGACUGCCUUUCUGAAUGGGAUCAUUCUGGAGGAGGUGUACAUGAAGCAGCCAGAGGGGCUGGAUGAUGGGAGCGGCAGGGUCUGCAGGCUGAAGAAGGCCAUCUAUGGCCUUAAGCAGGCGCCUCGUGCAUGGUAUCACAAGUUGGAGGAGGCGCUGCUGGCUGGGGGUUUCAAGAAGAGUGAGUGUGACCCCAGCCUGUUCCUGCUGCAGGAGAAGGAUGAAAUCCUCAUGCUCUUGGUGUAUGUGGAUGAUAUCCUUCUCUUUUCUGCAUCAACUGCUUUGCUGGACAGCGCAGAGCAGAUGCUGGAGAUGCAGUUCAAGUGUUCCAAGAUGGGUGAGGUGAAGUACUACUUGGGGAUGCACGUGGAGAGAGAUGUGGAGAAGGGUGUGCUGAGGUUGCACCAGAGGAAGUACUGUGAGGGGCUGGCUGAGAAGUAUGGGCUGCAAGAUGGGGGAAAGCCAGCAACACCACUACCUUCAGGGUUUACUGUGGAGCCAUGUGCUGAUGAGGAGGUAGUGGGUGAGAGUGACAGGAAGCUGUUUCAUUCGAUGGUUGGGUCGCUGAAUUAUGCUGCAAAUCAUACACGGCCUGACAUUGCAUUUGCUACAUCACGAUUGGCUAGUGUGGUCUCACGCCCUAGUCAUGAGCAGCUGGAAGCGGCCAAGAGGUUGGUCCGCUAUGUGAAUUCUUGAACUUUGAUUGAACUCUUGAGAUUGAGUUAAGUUCUCCUCCUACAGCUUACCCCCUAGUGCGUCGAAAGCCAUAGCGUCGCGAAUACUUCAUCAAUCAACGUGAUUCAAAUUGGGAACGGUAGCUGAGAUCAAGAGCUACAACAUAUCCAAGUUUCGCGACAUUCCAACGGCUAGUGUUUUGUCGACGUCGUUUCUUGUGAAGACGACUUUUCUGUCCAGAAUUUCGGAUUUAUAUUUUGAGUAAUUCUAGCUCCUAAGUUCACCUAGACUCCGUCCUUAAUCCUAACACUGUAUGCCAUUUGUUUUUGCAUGGCUAGUUAGUGCAUGGUCUGUAGAGCAUGCAGCUUGAACCUCGGGUCCAGGAUCCAAAUGGUUUGGGAGCGACGGCGUUUCAACUUUUGCCCCAAGUACGAGUUUCGUGAGCAUUUUCCCAUAAAAGCACAUGCUCUUC